GAUUAGUGAUUUGCAUUUAUCAAACGCCAAACGAAAGAAUGAAAGUUAUUGUACUUCCUACAGCUUAAGGAAUAAGCUAUAACUUACUUUUUAGACCCAAGAGUAGAGUGAAACCGAAAAAGAAAGAGAAAGAGAAAGAGAAAGAGAGAGAAGAUUCAGCAAAAACUAUACUUAAUUAUAUACAAUACAUCAUGUCAUCAUCCUCAAUAGUGGAGCGUACAUCUGAUGAUGGCGAUCGAAGCCAACAUGAAGAGAUAAAUCAACGGCUCAAUUCCUUCGUAGCUGUUGAUCAGACUCAGACGUCUACCAAGUUGUCUCAGCUUGUUCCUGAUCACCAGACCUUUUUACAAGCUGCUAUUACCCUCAAAAACCAGGUUGUGGAGGUGACGUGGAAAGAGAAAGACAAGGAGAUGCAGGCAAUUGAUCCCACGGUAUACACGGGUUUGAUGGGGACAGCCUUCACUUGCUUCAACUCUUACCAGCUCACCCGUUGUCAUCAGGAUUUGCUAAUGUGCGCCGAUAUCGUUCGCACGUGUGCUGCUCUCGCACAUACUUCAAGUGAUUUGUGCAGAUAUGUGACUUUUUUAAGCGGUAGAGGAGGAGUCUAUGCACUUGGCGCUGUCAUCAUGAACCAUAUGGAGGACCAUCAAAGCUGUAGCCGCUUUCUGGAUAUGUUUAUGAAGGUGGCACAAGAAGAAGCCCUUCCAGUAGGACCUGAAGAUGGGGGGUUUGGAAUGUCAUAUGAUCUUCUAUAUGGGAGAGCAGGGUUCUUAUGGGCAGCUUUAUUCAUCAAGAGGCACCUUGGAGAAGAGGCAUUGUCGAAUGAUCUGCUCACGCCUGUUGUUGAAGCUAUCUUAGCAGGGGGUCGAGCAGGAGCCUCUGAUAAUCCGUCUUGUCCUUUGAUGUAUAGGUGGCAUGGGACGAGAUACUUGGGUUCUGCUCAUGGUCUUGCUGGGAUUUUGCAUGUUUUGCUUCACUUUCCUCUCUCAGGAGAUGAUUCUGAGGACGUCAAGAAGACUUUGAGGUACUUGAUGAGUAAAAGGUUCCCUGAGAGUGGAAACUACCCAUCAAGUGACGGCAACCCUAGGGACAACUUAAUCCAAUGGUCUCAUGGUGCAACCGGUGUGGCUAUUACCUUGUGCAAGGCCUCGCAGGUUUUCCCCGAUGAAAGAGAGUUUCGUGACGGAGCCAUAGAAGCAGGGGAAGUAGUGUGGAAGAGCGGUCUGGUGAAGAAGGCAGGACUUGCUGAUGGGGUAGCUGGAAACGCUUAUGCUUUCCUUUCCCUCUAUAAAUUGACAGGAGAGGUUGUCUAUGUAGAGAGAGCAAAGGCGUUUGCAAGCUUCUUGUAUCAUAAGGGAAGCGAGGUGGCAAAUGCAGAAGAGUAUCCUGGUGGGACAGAUCAUGCAUAUUCCCUUUUCCUAGGACUUGCGGGAGUUGCUUGUCUCUUCUUUGAUCUUCUUCAUCCAGAAAAUUCGAAAUUCCCUGGCUAUGAACUUUGAAGGUAAUAGUAGUUUUAAAUGUUAUAUUUGAGUAGUCUUGAGUAUUCUGUCUUAGUGUUAGCAUUUCAGUCAGAAAAAAUAGUUAUGUGCUGCUCGCAUCUCGUCUCGUGACAAAGGGAUGAUGGAAGUAGCAGAUUCAUGGAACUUGUAUAACUUGGUAUAUAGUAGUGGACUAGUUCAUAUUCUUCAGAAGCCAUUCCAGUGUUGAUUUCACCUUACAUUUUGCUUCCAUAUUGAGAUCCAGUAGCUAAUUGUAUAGUACGUAACGGUUGUGGUACUUCAUGUACUACAUAGUCAGAAGUAGGCCUUGGGAGAGUGUUUAUGCUCUUGCUCGGCGAACAAGUUAUGCAGGUUAUUAUCUGUUUAAGCUGUGCUUAAAAUGUUUAGCAGGUUAUUAUC